AUGAAUAAUCACCAUAAUAACAACAAUGGUAGCAGCAAUAUUGAUAUUAAAUCAAAGGAACGACUUGAAAAAUAUGUAAAAGAAAACUUUGUUUACAUUGACUAUAAAGUGUCUUCCUCGAAUUUAAUCGAGGAUUCAAAUUACGUUACAUUGAAAUUGUUUCCAACUUGGGACCAAAAAACUUUGGAAUAUGUUCAAUGUAAAGAUGGAAUAACCAAUAAACUUGUUAAAUGUUACAACAAAUCUUUAAAUAUUUCACUAUUGAUUCGAGCAUAUGGUAACAAAUCAGAAGUAUUGAUAGACAGAAAUCAAGAGAUUUUGAACCUAGUAAGGUUAUCUAUGCUUGAGUUAUCGCCUCCGCUUUAUGGAAGAUUUAGUAAUGGAUUUGUUUAUGGGUACAUUCCAGGUAAAGUAUUUACUGUGGAGGAUAUGAGUGAUCCAUAUAAGUCCACUUUGGUUGCCAAAAAAUUAGCCCAAUGGCAUAGUGUUGAUAUGGUAGGAGAUAAAACCGCAAAUUUAUUUCCUACUUUAUAUAAAUGGUUAGGGGAAGUUCCAAUUUCUUAUUCCAAUUCAGAUAUUAAUAAAAAAUUUCAUGAAAAUUUCAAUAUUAAGAAAAUCAAAUUAGAACUAUUGGAUUUGGAGAAGGAAUUGAUUAAACUUAACUCUCCUAUAGUUUUUUGUCACAAUGAUUUGUUAAGUGCAAAUAUAAUUUAUGACGAGGCACUUAAAGAAGUAUCAUUUAUUGAUUAUGAGUAUGGAAACUACUCAUAUCGUGGAUUUGAUAUAGGGAAUCAUUUUAAUGAAUUUGCUGGUUUCGAAUGCAAUUAUAGUAUGUAUCCAUCAAAAGAAUUUCAAUGUCAAUGGUUAAAAACUUAUUUAACUGAUUCUUACCCUGAUAAAGAAAUUACAGAUGAAAUGAUUGAAAAUCUUUAUAAAGAAGUUAAUAAAUUUGCAUUGGCGUCACAUUUCUACUGGGGGUUAUGGGCGUUGAUUCAAGCUCAUUACUCUGAUAUAAAUUUUGAUUAUAUGGAAUAUUCCAUGUUAAGAUUUAAUGAAUAUUAUAAAUGCAAAGAAGAAUUCUUUGCUUUAUAA